AUGGCUGUAGAGGGCUUCCAAUUCCGCACGCUUUAUGUCUACAACAAAGACUGGGAGGAGGACCUUGACCUCCAGUCAGGGGACAUACUGACCGUCAGCAAGACGUCACUGAUGUCCCUUGCACUCAAGGAUGGGGACGAGGAGCACCCGGAGCGCCUGGGAUGGAUCAUUGGAGUCAACGAGCGCACCAAGCAGAGGGGAGACUUCCCUGGGACGUAUGUCCAGUAUGUGGGGCCUGUGAAGAUGUACGUGGCUCCCGACCAGCCUCGGCAGCAGAGACCCCUCCCAGCAGCCCCCAGACCUCAGACCCCCAGCACAGCGAGGUAGGACUGCAGCUCUGCACUGUCUAGUACUACUUACAGUAUACACUCCAAGCAAGGUCAUAGAUUCAUUCAAAAUAGUUUAAUAACAAAACAAUUCAAAUGAUUAACUUCUGCAUACAAGAGUACAGUAGUAUAAAAAGGGCUACAAAUCCUGUCUACUUUUUUAACGGUCCAUAUUAUCCCCCUUUUUUUGCUCUUUAAUAUGUCACGUCCUCUUCUUAUUUACUUUUCCCAUUUACCCAUGAUUCUUGUCUUCACAGUAUCUGCCCACCUUCCAUUUCCCAUUGUACCUCCAUUUUCUGCCUGUUAGUCCUCUCCCCUUCCUUUCAGUCCUCCGUUCUGUAGGCAGUAAAUUGUUUUGCUUGCUUUGGGAGCUUGGACAAAGCACCAGGCCAGUGUGAAAAGGGCACUUGUAGAACAGGUAGGGGAGCUUUCUACUGAAGCAGCACAUUUCUCUGGGUUUGCCUUAUAUUCAUUCCCUGUAGGGGGGCAGGUCAGCUCAGUUCCUCUCUAAAUGGAGAUGGUUCCCACAGCUGCCUUAGCUAUUCCAACCUGUUAGCCUGUUGGAUACAUUUAAUCUUGCUCUCAUAGAGUCACACAUACCCUCUCUUUGCUGGAUCCUAAAAUCCUAACCCAUGUAACUCUUCUAUCUCUAAAAUGCCACGGGUUGUAGUGUCGUUUUUCCUUUUCAUUACUGACAAUUUGCACUCAAGUGCAUGUGAAAAAAUUAUUGACACAAUUUGAGUUGGAGUUAAACCUAAUUUAUACCCAAAGUAUGUAUGCAACACAAUUAGUUACGCAAAAUGGCUUCCCUGCGUAGCUGCAUCUAUUUACAACUUUUGGCCUGUACACUUUUGGGUAUUUUUGUGACGAAUCUACACAGGACAGAUAUUUUGCGUAGCUAAAUUUGUUCUUGCAUUGCAUAAUGUACGUCGGGUAUAAUAAAUUAGGCUUUAGGCAAACCCUUGUCAUCAGCGGUGCAUAUUGAAUGAGAGAUUGAGGAAAAGUAAGGAUAGUGGGUGAUAUUGUACAGGUGGAUUGAGUGCAAUAUGAACUUGACAUGCAAUUUAGACUUUUUUAUGUAUUUAUUUUCACAAACUACCUUCGUCCUUGGAGAAAAAGACUCUCCCAUACUGUACGUUUUUUCAAGACAUGCUCUACAUUCUCAUUAUUUUAAUUGGUGAACGUUAGGGGCUUAUUUUAAUGGUGGGACCUAUGUUAGUUAUAUUUAGUCUGUCUGCACGAGGCACAUGAUUUAGUGUAGCCAAUGGACUAGGAAUGAUACGCAGCCUUGGGACAGGGAGUGACCAUGGUUCUACGAUCUGGGUUGAGCAGGCAGUGUGUACAGGUUUUUUAUUGAUUUUCUCCACAUUACUUCCAUCAAACCAAACAGCUGGAGAAGAAUGAAACUGCUUAGAAAUGCCACCGUGAGGCCUGCAGAGACUUUGAAAGAGUUAAAUUGCUGAAAUGGGGAAAAAGCUGUUGCUUGCUCAACAUCCCAGGAACUCCCAGGGUGGUAUAGUCGUAGGCUUACUGCUUCGCAGGGCAUUUUCAGAGGAAGGCUUUGCCAAGAUUCCUAGGCAAGCAAUGAUUAGUUGGUUCCUUUCCUUAAAACCCAGGGUUACAGCUGCUUUUCCAAAAAAAGCUAUAUUAUUUUGCACAAAGCCCAAAAAUCUGGGCAACUUUGCUUGUGUCUGUGUGUAGACACGUAUGUGAGAGUUGAGGAAAAGAAAUAUAACCUAUUGGCUUUGAAAGACAGAUGUACAGGAUAUGUAUGUCAUUACUGGGCUGAAUAAUUAAUGUUCUGUACACACCAUAAUGCUGCUAAGUUUUUAAAUCUAGGAAAUCGUUCCUUUCCGAUAAUGUGUUGAAUAGGGGGCCCAGUAUGAAGAAAAAAAAUGUAUGCACUCUGGAUAAGAGCGUCUGCUAAAUGACUAAAAUGUAAUAGGUGGCCUAAUCUUGACUGUUUAGCUUGGCUCCAUUCUGCCCUCUUGGGUUGAAUUCUGGCAAUAUUUUGUGUAGUGGCCAACAGGUGUAUUUUCAGAUCGUAAAUGCAGUCCCUAGGGUACUUCUUGAGUGGUGUUUUUUAUUGAGUCCUCUUGUCUUUGAUAUUAUUCUGUGAGUGAUUUAUAUUAUAUUAUUUGGCUUAGAAGUCCUCUGCUCACUUCUCGUUCCUGAACUUUUCACACACACACACACACACACACACACACACACACACACACACACACACACACACACACACACACACACACACACACACACACACACACACACAGUUCUUGAAAGCCAUUUUGUAUGCCAACACUAUUUGCAACAUAGCUUUAUGUAGUCUAAUGCACUGUUUAUUGUACAGGGCAAUAUGCUUUCUUUAUACAUUUAUUUUGAUGUUAGGUAAUUUCUACUUUAUUGUACAGUAACAACUUGACAAGACCUAAUCAAACAUAGUUCACAUCAGCUAGGUUCCAGGGCAUUUGAGAGAGGCGACCCUCGAAGAGUGAAGGCAGAAGAGAAGCAGGGGGAUGGGGCGGACUUUAUGCGGGAGGGAAAACGAGAGCCAGGGAGUUUCCAUGUUUAACGUGCAACAGAGAGGGGGAAUGUGCUGAGUAUUUUUUUUCAUUUUUUUGUUACUUUGUGUGAACUCCAGAAUUAUUAAUCAGACCCCUGGUUUACUGUAGGCUUGCGCUGCCAGGAGGCAAAGGGUGCGAAGCGCCAAGCUUUUUGCGGUGGGCCCGAAAAUGAGGCUCUGGUGCGCUGCCAACUGAGGUUUUGCCUGUUCAGGGUUUUUUAUGAAAUCCUUAAUUGUACUGCACUGAGACGUUUGCAUAACCCUUCUCGUGCAAAGGGCCAUGGGGAAACAGGGCCUGCCAUGGAGUGAAGGAGGCGAGAGUGAAAUGCCUGAAAGAAAAUUCAACUGGGUUUUGUUGUUGUGAAUAGAUGUAGUUAUUUGACGGGCUGUUGUAGUUUUCAUUGAUUUUAAACAUUAUCAAGGCCUAUCCUAUUUGUCUUCCAGGGACUUCAGCUCAUGAGUUUGUCCAGCCGUUUCCUCCCCCAGAAAAUGUCCCCCCCCACUUUGGUGAAGUUGGUAGAGGCCAUUGAGAAAAAAGGUAAGAUGGCUGUGUGAUAUCAGAACACUUUUGAAUCUGAGGUGUUUAGUACAAGUAAUUUGCCAAGAUAGCCAGCAGCAUUGACCUGAAAAUAUGCCACAUAGUACUUUUGAUUUGGCAUGAAUGUAUCAGUUACCAUACUUACAUGUAAACCAAUGCUUUGGUAGGGGAUAUUUUAUGCAUGACAUGACAUAUGAAUACAUAUAUUUGGAAAAUACCAUAGAAAUAAGAAUUAAUAGAACGGGCUUCAAACCUCUAACCCUGGCAAUUAAUUCACUGGUUAACUCAUGGGUACACUCGUAAUGGCUGCCAUAUAUUGUGAUGCAAUAAUUUCCAUGGUAUUUUGGAAUGUUCAUUCAAAUGAGGCUAACUGAUGUGACUCAUGGAAUGUAUUUUUUGUCAUGUCAAUUGAGUUGACUCAACAAAUCACAGCACAGAUUGAAGGUACACUUCCUGUUUUUACUUCCUGGCAUGUGGUCCUCUGUAGCUCAAUUGGUAGAGCAUGGCGCUUGUAACGCCAGGGUAGUGGGUUCGAUCCCCGGGACCACCCAUACGUAAAAAUGUAUGCACACAUGACUGUAAGUCGCUUUGGAUAAAAGCGUCUGCUAAAUGGCAUAUUAUAUUAUAUUUAUUUAGAUUUUUAUCAUGGUCCAUUUCGAUCCCUAUGGUCUAGAAACAGUGACAUUUGAAAGUGUUUAUCGGCUAGGGGAGACGCAUGGGAUUUGAUAGGAAUUCACCUUUCCUCUCACACCUCUACUCCUGAUCACCAAUCAGACAACCUUUCCUCCCGCCAUCUGGUCUUAGACCCUUCAGACUUAGCACUCCUAAAAGGGGCUCCUUGGCCUCUGGGUAGCAUGUGAAAGGCCAGGUUAACGUUGAAACACGCCGUGUUCCAGUUAGCGUCUUGGCCAUGUAUUUUAAACUCUGGGUGCUGUAUUUUGGAUGUUUAUAUGUGUUACUGACCCACUAAUCCAGGCAUGCCAUGAGAGAAGAGACUAUUUCAGAAGGGUGAGUUAACUUGUGUGUGUGUGUGGGAAACUCUUGCAGGUUUGGAGUGUGAGACCCUUUAUAGGCUACAUGGCUCCUUGGCUGCUGGCGGUCAGAGACAGAGUCUCUUCCUCUCUUACACCUUAUGUUUGUGCAUGCAUGCAUUGUUCUUACAUUCAUCUCUUGCUGAGCUAUACAAGUUGAUAUAGUUUGUUGCCAUGUUCGGCUAGAGGCAUCCAUUCCAAUGGGAUAAAAAGGGAUUUACUCCCAACCCUGUGACUUCAGUGAUCUGUGGUGCUGUUCAGACUAUAGCCUUGCCUAUUGAGUUCAGUUAAAUAGGUUAAAUUCCAUCUUAACUCGGAGGGUUAUUAACAUGCUGCGCUUGUGAUUCCCACUCCUGGAGGAUCCACUGCAUGCUCUAUUUGUCUUUGCUCUAUUUCAACAGUGUGCCAAUAACACAGCCUUUGUUUGUGUAGAGAAAUAGGCCAGCCUGUUCAAACGGAUCAAAGAAACCCGGCUCUGCUGUUCUCCCCCCUAAAGACAAUCCAGGGAUUUUUCUGCCAUUGAAAUACUUGGGUACUGCCAUUUAAAUACUUUCCAAACAGUGUAAAGAAUUGUUGAUAUAUACUGAACAAAACUAUAAACGCAACAUGUAAAGUGUUGGUCCCAUGUUUCAUGAGUGGCGCAGUGGUCUAAGGCACUGCAUCGCAGUGCUAGCUGUGCCACUAGAGAUCCUGGUUCGAAUCCAGGCUCUGUCGUAGCCGGCCGCGACCGGGAGACCCCAUGGGGCGGCGCACAAUUGGCCCAGCGUCGUCCAGGGUAGGGGAGGGAAUGGCCGGCAGGGAUGUAGCUCAGUUGGUAGAGCAUGGCGUUUGCAACGUCAGGGUUGUGGGGUUCGAUUCCCACAGGGGGCCAGUAUAAACAAAUAAAAUAAUGUAUGCACUCACUAACUGUAAGUCGCUCUGGAUAAGAGCGUCUGCUAAAUGACUGAAAUGUAACGUAAAUGUAAUGAGCUGAAAUAAAAGAUCCAGAAAUAUUCCAUACGCACAAAAACCUUAUUUCUCUAAAGAAAACCUGUUAGUGAGCAUUUCUACUUUGCCAAGAUAAUCCCUCCACCUGUGUCACACUCUGGCUCUGGGACUUUUUAUGUUGAGUCAGGGUGUGUAGAUUUCCGUGUGUUUUGUACUGUGUUUAGUGUCUAGGUGUUCUCGUUCUAUGUUUGGUCAGUGACUCCCAAUCGGAGGUAACGAGUGUCAGCUGUCGGCUCGUUAUCUCUGAUUGGGAGCCAUAUUUAACUGUGUGUGUUUUCUCCUUUGUUUUGUGGGUUAUUGUUUCCGUGUUGCUGUUAGUCUGUAUCAGUAUUUUGAACUUCACGUAUCGUCAUUUGUUGUUUUCUUCGUGGUUGCUUUAAAUAAUAAAGUCAUCAUGUUCACUUGCAACGCUGCGCAUUGGUCCGCUCCUUCAGACGAUUGUGACAGAAUAACCCACCAUAACCAGACCAAGCAGCGUGUUCAGGAGCCAUCGCUGGCAGAUCGCCGUGGAAACCUCGACUGGAUCAAGCAGCGGGACGAGGAGAGAGGAUGGACGUGGCAGGAGAUGAUUGCGAGUCUGGCAGGAGGGAGAGAGGCCUGGGCCACGGGGAGGAGAGACCCCCAGGAAAUUUUUAGGGGGGGGCUCACGACGUCGGGCAGCAGGUGUACGGGUUAGAGUGGUGCAAAGCGUUGGCAGAGAGGGCCGCCAGGUUAGGGGGGCCACUGGGCACAGAGGAGAGGGAAAGUGUGGAGGCACGGCGAGAGGUACUGGGAUGUGUUACCAGUCCGGUCCGGCCCGUUCCUGAUCCCUGCGUGGAGCCAGUGGUUUGUGUCCCCAGUACGGUUCGGCCUGUUCCUGCCAUUCCCACCAAGGCAGUGGUGCGCGUCGUCAGCCCAGCCCGGCCUGUUCCUGCUUUACGCACAAAGCCUACGGUGUGCGUCUCCAGCCCAGCCCGACCUGUUCCUGCCACUCGCACCAAACCUACGGUGUGCGCCGCCAGCCCAGCCCGGCCUGUCCCUGCCACUCGCACCAAACCUACGGUGCGCGUCACCAGCCCGGCCCGGCCUGUUCCUGCCACUCGCACUAAACCUACGGUGCGCGUCGCCAGCCCGGCCCGGCCUGUUCCUGCCACUCGCACUAAACCUACGGUGCGCGUCGCCAGCCCGGCCCGGCCUGUUCCUGCCACUCGCACUAAGCCAAGGGUGCGAGUCGUCAGCCUGGUCCAGCCCGUUCCUGCUACUCGCACCAAGCCAAGGGUGCGAGUCGUCAGCCUGGUCCAGCCCGUUCCUGCUACUCGCACCAAGCCAGGGGUACGAGUCGUCGGCCUGGUCCAGCCCGAUCCUGCUACUCGCACCAAGCCAAGGGUGCGAGUCGUUAGCCUGGUUCAGCUCGUCCCUGCUACUCGCACCAAGCCAAGGGUGCGAGCCGUCAGCCUGAUCCAGCCCAUUCCUGCUACUCGCACAAAGCCAGGGAUGCGAGUCGUCAGCCUGGUGAGGCCCGUUCCGGCUCUACGCAUCAAGCCUAGGGUGCGUAUCGUCAGCCAGGUCCGGUCCGUUCCCGCCGCACGCGCCAAGCCAGGGGUGCGCGUCGUCAGUCCAGAUCCUACCAGCUGGGUUAGAUCGGACCGGGGGCGCUACGGGGGGAUUGAAGAAGGGUGGUGGUCAAGCCCGGAGCCGCCUCCGAGGAGCAACACCCACCCAGCCCUCCCCUAUUUGGGGUGUAGGCGCGGUCGGAGUCCGCGCCUUUAGGGGGGGGUACUGUCACACUCUGGCUCUGGGACUUUUUAUGUUGAGUCAGGGUGUGUAGAUUUCCGUGUGUUUUGUACUGUGUUUAGUGUCUAGGUGUUCUCGUUCUAUGUUUGGUCAGUGACUCCCAAUCGGAGGUAACGAGUGUCAGCUGUCGGCUCGUUAUCUCUGAUUGGGAGCCAUAUUUAACUGUGUGUGUUUUCUCCUUUGUUUUGUGGGUUAUUGUUUCCGUGUUGCUGUUAGUCUGUAUCAGUAUUUUGAACUUCACGUAUCGUCAUUUGUUGUUUUCUUCGUGGUUGCUUUAAAUAAUAAAGUCAUCAUGUUCACUCGCAACGCUGCGCAUUGGUCCGCUCCUUCAGACGAUCGUGACAACCUGACAGCAUGAUUAAACAGCAUGAUCAUUACACAGGUGCACCUUGGGUUGGUGACAAUAAAAGGCCACUCUAAAACGUGCAGUUUUGUCACACAACACAAUGCCACAGAUGUCUCAAGUUUUGAGGGAGCGUGCAAUUGGCAUUCUGACUGCAGGAAUGUCCACCAGAGCUGUUGCCAGAUCAUUUUACAUAAAUGUUGCUACCAUAAGCCACCUCCAACGUCGUUUUAGAGAAUUUGGUAGUACAUCCAACCGGCCCCACAACCGCAGACCAGGUGUAACCUUGCCAGCCCAGGACCUCCACAUCUGGCUUCUUCACCUGCGGGAUCGUCUUAAGACCAGCCACCCGGACAGCUGAUGAAACUGUGGGUUUACACAACCAAAUAAUUUCUGCACAAACGGUCAGAAAGCUCAUCUGCGUGCUCGUCGUCCUCACCAGGGUCUUGACCUGACUACAGUUCAGCGUCAUAACCGGCUUCAGUGGGCAAAUGCUCACCUUCGAUGGCCACUGGCAUACUGGAGAAGUGUGCUCUUCACGGAUGAAUCCCGGUUUCAACUGUACUGGGCAGAUGGCAGACAGCGUGUAUGGCAUCGUGUGGGCGAGCGGUUUGCUGAUGUUAACGUUGUGAAUAGAGUGCCCCAUGGUGGUGGUGGGGUUAUGGUAUGGGCAGGCAUAAGCUACGGACAACUAACACAAUUGCAUUUUAUCGAUGGCAAUUUAAAUGCACAGAGAUACCUUCAUGAGAUCCUGAGGCCCAUUGUCAUGCCAUUCAUCUACCUCAAUCACCUCAUGUUUCAGCAUGAUAAUGCACGGCCCCAUGUCGCAAGGAUCUGUACACAAUUCCAGGAAGCUGAAAAUGUCCCAUUUCUCCCAUGGCCUGCAUGCUCACCAGACAUGUCACCCAUUGAGCAUGUUUGGGAUGCUCUGGAUCGACGUGUACAACAGCGUGUUCCAUUUCACGCCAAUAUCCAGCAACUUCACACAGCCAGUGAAGAGGAGUGGGACAACAUUCCACAGGCCACAAUCAACAGCCUGAUCAACUCUAUGCGAAGGAGAUGUGUCGUGCUACAUGAGGCAAAUGGUGGUUAAACCAGAUACUGAUUGAUUUUCUGAUCUACCUUUAAAAAAUAAGUAAUCUGUGACCAACAGAUGCAUAUCUGUAUUCCCAGUCGUGAAAUCCAUAGAUUAGGGUCUAAUUCAUUUAUUUAAAUUGACUGAUUUCCUUAUAUGAACUGUAACUCAGUAAAAUUGGCAGUACGAUUACAUUAAAUGCAAUAGAAUUGGCUCUACAAGUUAAUGUUCCGCUUGUUAUAUGUGCAUAUCUAUAAUGUGACUGACCAUAUCCAUGACACUGUUUGUUUCAACUGGAGAAAGUGAACACUGUGUGUUUUGUAGGAUGUGUUUACUUGGAGAGGCUGUUCCUAGGGUUCAUGUGACCUGGGACUUGCUGCAUGUGGAGACGGAACGAUGUAGGCUAGAUCCCCCCCCACCCACACAUACCUUUCACAUGCCACAGACAGACAGAACAACCCAGAUUCUCCCCUCCCUGUGCUCACACAUGCCAGACACUCUCCCCACAGUCUAUCUGCUCAGAUAGAGAGCUGGGCCGAGCCAGGCAGGCCUUUUCAGACAGCUGUUGUUUGCUAGCUGAGGCGUGACGGAGCAGUAAGCAGCUCCCAGCCAGUCUGGCCUGCCUGUCGCAGCGGUGGAAGAGGAGUAGGACGUUAUUUUAGGCACUCAGACACCGUCACCUGUCGUAGGACUAUUCUGGACACUGUUUCCCAGACAGCACACUUAGCCACACCAGUAACGCUGGCCACACCACAACAACACUGUCUGGAGUCCUUACCACAGAACAGGAGAAACAGCGAUGUACACAAAUGGACUCUGCAGUGUCUGACUUAGCAACUAAAGUGAUCCUGUGGUCUUUUACAGAGCUCUCUGGGCCUGAGAUGCGCCAGUACGACACCCAGGCUCUCUCAGAAGCCCUGAUGGGAUUCCUGCAGGACCUGCCCUCCCCCGUCAUCCCAGAGUCUAUCUAUCCCAGCCUGAAGACUGCCCUGCAAGAGGAAGCAGGUAACAGCGCCUUUAGCACUCACAUGCUUCUUCAUGUAUCUCAUUAAGAACUGAUGCAAGGGAUUCCAGGAGCAUAUUCUACUUGGUGGCGAACAAAGCUAAGGAAAAUAAUUUAAAGGCCGUCAUUGAAGCACACUAUCAGGACUGUCGAAAUAAUUGUGUAUAUUUUGGAAUCGCUUAGAAAUGGAAAGCAAAAUAUGUUAAUUUGGCAUCGGAUAGAAAAUAAUGUUGCCUACUUACCAUUGUGUCUCACACCCAAGGCACUAAGAUUGUCAACUUGCUCGCGCUUAUAUCCCAGAGCUGUCCAUCGAGGAGACAGGCAGGCGUUUGCUGAAGGCACUGGAGCCCCCGGCCUUGACCCUGCCGAGCCUGCUCACCCUGCAGUACCUGCUCAGACACCUGGGCCGAGUGGGCCAGAGCUCGGCUUACAACGGCCUGGAUCCCCACACCUUCGCAUUCCACUUCAGCUCUCUUCUGCUCACCGCUGGGUCAGUCUCACAUUUAAACAAAUACUGUACCUAUGUUGGUCAUGAAACUUUCAUCCAAAAUAUUAGUUUUUACCUAAACUCAAAUUUAGACUAAUCUUAAAGGGGGGAUAAAAACCUCCCAUCUUCAUAAGUGCCACUUUUAUGAGGGCUAUGUUAUGCCAGUGAGAGAGGGAGAGAGACACACUGGCCAGCCUACAGACACAGAGAGGAAGAGAAUGCAUUAACAGUGCCAGCAUCCUCUUGAGCACAUGCUGUUGUUAGUCUACAGAGUGUCUGGCUGUAGGACUGGACCCCAGGUUGAGCCAGAUAGAGAUUGAAGCCAUAACACCUGUCUGUUUUCCUGGAAGGACACUAUUCUUUGUAGUCAGCAGAAUAUACGUCCCCUCAGCACCUCUCCAAUGUCCCACGUGUUAGUAACUGAGGUGUUAUUAUGGCACCCAUCCAUCUGGUACUAUUGUAAAAUAUGACCCCCCCUCCUUAUCCCAUUGAACCACUCUCUCUACCUUAUUUACUUGUAAUAGCAAAGCUUUCCACCGUACUCUGAAUGACUGACGUAUGAGUGUAUUUAUUUGUGUCCAGGUCAGAAGAAGGUCAUCAGGUUUCUGCCCAGUUGCUGGAGAGACUGCUGGUGGCGAGGGCCUGGGAGCUGGACCAAAUGUCACCAGGUAAACACACAAGUUCACAACAAUGUAGCACUAAAAACCCAUCUUUGCCUCCUGGGUAAAUUUUGAAUGGAAGUCCCACUGUAUUGUAACACCACCACCACCAAUUGGUUCCUUUGACAGCCCUACCUCCCAAGCCUUCCAAAACCAAAGCCAUGGCAUCUUCUGUCAUCAAUGGAGAUGGCAGCAAGAUGGCUGAUGCAGAGUGGUACUGGGGAGACAUUUCCAGGUAAAAUUGAUAAAUAAUGGAUAUCCACACUUGGUUAUUUACAGUUGAAACCAAGAUCUUCUGUUUCAAGAAGAAAAUAUUGUCACUUGUCUUACUCACCCAUCUUUAAUUACAUAAUCAUGAUAUAUAUUUGUAUAUAUUUUUCCAGAGAGGAGGUGAAUGAGAAGAUGAGAGACACACCGGAUGGCACUUUCUUGGUCCGAGAUGCCUCAAGCAAGGUGCAAGGAGAAUACACAUUGACUCUCAGGUAAGGGUAUUAAUAAUGAAGUCUGUCUAAAAGUGGCUAUUUUGUCCCUCUUAAAAUACACUCCAAGUUCGCGCUCGCCUAGUAACUCAUUUCAAAUGCAAUGGCAUUUUACCACUUUGGAUAGGUUCCAGAGUCUUUCACAGAACCUCAGUAACGUUGCACAACGUCUCCGGACUCUUCUAGGAAAGGAGGAAACAACAAGCUGAUCAAGAUCUUCCACCAAGGAGGCAAGUACGGCUUCUCUGAGCCGCUGACCUUUGCUUCUGUGGUAGAGCUCAUCCUGUAUUAUCACCACGAGUCGCUGGCCCAGUACAACCCCAAGCUGGACUCACGGCUACUGUACCCCAUCUCCAAAUAUCAGCAGGUAGGCUCAUUCUGUUAUUAUUAUUAUAGUGUUCUGUAUCCUGUUCUGAAGGGCCUCAAUAUUGGUUUGGCUUCUGGGCCUUAUCUCAAUGGGACUACUUGGUUUUUAAAUAGAGAUGAUAUAAGAGAAAAGGAAUGCAGCCUUCGAACAGCACCCGAUGCUUUCUGGAAGGCCCUACAUUUCUUAUGGCACAUGCGUUAAGGAAAAUAACCCAUGGCAUUCCCAAAGAGCACUUAAGCUUGUCUGAAAUGUUAGCAAACAAUUCUGUUUAGGCGAGAACAGUUUGCUUGCUGCCCUUCUCUAUUUGAAAUACACUGAGCCCACAUUGAAUGUACUGUAUCUCAACAUCGUGCUGUGGUCAGUUAAUGACUUGUGCUCUUUGUUAUUUCCAGGACCAGGUGGUGAAAGAGGACAAUGUGGAAGCAGUAGGAGAGCAACUGAAGGUGUACCACGAACAAUACCAGGAGAAGAGCUGGGAAUAUGAUGUCUUGUAUGAAGAGUAUACUCGCACCUCUCAGGUACAUAUGUUUUCACUGUCACAUUUGGGUCUGGGCUCCAUAGCACUUGAAAUUAGCACAAUCUCGUCUGUUUUCCAUGUACUUCAGGAGUUACAGAUGAAGCGCACGGCCAUCGAGGCCUUCAACGAGACCAUCAAGAUCUUCGAGGAGCAGUGCGAGACCCAAGAGAGCUACAGCAAGGAGUACAUUGACCAGUUCCACAGGGAGGGCAACAGGAAAGAGAUUGAGAGGUAUCCACAGUACAUUGCUUGCUCUAGGAUUUUCCUGAUUGACUAUGAAGCCGGUAGUGAUCAUGAUUAUAAAGUGGGGGAACUCCCAAUGUUGUCGCUCCAUCUUCCAGAAUCCAAAGUAAUUCAGAUAAGCUGAAGUCGCGGGUGACUGAGAUCCAUGACAACAAGAGGAAGCUAGAGCAGGAUCUGAAGGAGCAUGCGGCGGACAACCGAGAGAUCGAUAAGAAGAUGAACAGCCUAAAACCGGACCUCAUGCAGCUGAGGAAGAUCCGAGACCAGUCUCUGGUGUAAGUUUUACCCUUCUACCACACACACUGCACAAUGCGAAACGACAAUAUUUAGGAACAUGGCAGUCUAACAGCUUGCUUGUGUUAACGUCCCAGGUGGCUCAAUCAGAAGGGCACCAGACAGAAGAAGAUUAACGAGUGGCUGGGGAUCAAGAACGACGUGGAAGAGUGAGUGAAACCAAUGUAGCCAUUUGCCAGUUGCAAUGUAUUACCAUGUAUUAUCAUGUCUUAUGAUGUAUCGUAUCGACAAUGGUUUCAUCCCCAUGUCUGUCGUUCUUCCCCUCCUCUACCUCCCAGCCUGUAUUCUCUGGUGGAUGAGGAGGAAGACCUGCCGCACCACGACGAGCGCACCUGGUACGUGGGCGACAUCAAGCGCGGCCAGGCCGAGGAGCUGCUGAGGGGCAAGGGUGAUGGCACUUUCCUGAUUCGAGACAGCCAGUCCCAGAAGGGCUCCUAUGCCUGCUCUGUAGUGUGAGUCCCAUUAGCCUGAUCUGGGGUCUGUAAAGCCUUGUUCACACUGGCGGUUUGAAGUGACUCAAAUCAAAUGUAUUUGCAUAUUAGGGCAGGGAAUUUCAAGGGACCUCGCGAUAUGAUAUUAUCAUGAUACUUAGGUGCCGAUACAAUAUGUAUUGCGAUUCUCACAAUUCUAUUUGUAUUGCGAUUCGAUACUGUGAUUUUAUUGUGAUUCGAUGUUCCAAAAUAUUGCUGCUGCAGAGUGGCAAGAGAGAGCCAUGAGAAAACGAGUUUUGAUCAGUCAAGGAAAUAAAAGUGCUGAAAACAUAUUUAAAAAGAAGAUGGAGAACAAGCUAUGAAGGAAAAAUACUGGCAUUUUGGUGCAGGUACAGAACUAGCGCAAACAUAAAAUUGCGAUAUUGUCAAAACGAUACGAUACGAUAUAUCGUCAAAAAUAAUAUCCGAUAUGUUAACUGUAUCGAGUUUUUUCCGCCAUCAGUAUUGCAUAUCCGAUUCUAAUCUGUUUUUUUCCUGCAGUCUGAACAGCCAAAAAUCACAUGGAAUAUGAUAUUUCAAACCACAUUUCAAACCACCUUUGUAGGUGGCAUGGGAGGCAUUGUUGUCACCUUAGCUUGCUACAUAACUUCUGAGUGAUAGGAAGCACGAGCACCACCACCAAUCAGCCUACACCACCGCGCACACACCCCUCGUUACUAUGACAACUAGCGUAGCCAUGUCAGCAAAUGACUGCUGUCUGAACACACACAAAUCCAGUUUGGUCAUUUGUAACUUGCUGUUUGACAGUCAGUAUUCCGAAACAGAUUUGAGAAACAAAACUGAUUUGAGCGUUAAGGCCUGCCGUGUGAACAAGGCUUUAGACAACACAGAAUGAUUUGGGGUGGAAUAUGGCUAGACAGUUUAGCCAGGUUUAUCAGAUGUUUUCCGGCCUCACCUGCCGAGAUGCCCGAAAAUCUCAAAUGCAUAGGAAAUGUAGGGACCGUCUAAAAACAUGGUUGGCCAAUCUUAUCUGCAAAGGGCCGUUAUGGGUGCAGACUUUUGUUCCAGUAAGUAGUAACACAACUGAUUCAGCUCGUCCAAACCUAUGGGAUUGAGGAACAUUUAGGAUUGAGGCAUAAAGAAUGUCGGUAUUUAUUUAUUUUGAUCCAAAGCCAUGAAUGAGUGAGUCACUCAGCUUUAUGCUGACAAAUAUAGCUUUAUGCUGCAAAAUAGCCUACAAAAUAUGCCUAGCCUAAACUAAUAAAUUAAAUUGCCUUAAUAAACUAGUACAGUUCAUAAAUAAAACAAAUAAAUUAAAUAGCUCAGGUCUUGAAAAUAUGGUUCAGAAACUCACUUUACAGUGGGGAAAAAAAGUAUUUAGUCAGCCACCAAUUGUGCAAGUUCUCCCACUUAAAAAGAUGAGAGAGGCCUGUAAUUUUCAUCAUAGGUACACGUCAACUAUGACAGACAAAUUGAGAAAAAAAACCCCAGAAAAUCACAUUGUAGGAUUUUUAAUGAAUUUAUUUGCAAAUUAUGGUGGAAAAUAAGUAUUUGGUCACCUACAAACAAGCAAGAUUUCUGGCUCUCACAGACCUGUAACUUCUUCUUUAAGAGGCUCCUCUGUCCUCCACUUGUUACCUGUAUUAAUGGCACCUGUUUGAACUUGUUAUCAGUAUAAAAGACACCUGUUCACAACCUCAAACAGUCACACUCCAAACUCCACUAUGGCGAAGACCAAAGAGCUGUCAAAGGACACCAGAAACAAAAUUGUAGACCUGCACCAGGCUGGGAAGACUGAAUCUGCAAUAGGUAAGCAGCUUGGUUUGAAGAAAUCAACUGUGGGAGCAAUUAUUAGGAAAUGGAAGACAUACAAGACCACUGAUAAUCUCCCUCGAUCUGGGGCUCCACGCAAGAUCUCACCCCGUGGGGUCAAAAUGAUCACAAGAACGGUGAGCAAAAAUCCCAGAACCACACGGGGGGACCUAGUGAAUGACCUGCAGAGAGCUGGGACCAAAGUAACAAAGCCUACCAUCAGUAACACACUACGCCGCCAGGGACUCAAAUCCUGCAGUGCCAGACGUGUCCCCCUGCUUAAGCCAGUACAUGUCCAGGCCCGUCUGAAGUUUGCUAGAGUGCAUUUGGAUGAUCCAGAAGAGGAUUGGGAGAAUGUCAUAUGAAACCAAAAUAGAACUUUUUGGUAAAAACUCAACUCGUCGUGUUUGGAGGACAAAGAAUGCUGAGUUGCAUCCAAAGAACACCAUACCUACUGUGAAUCAUGGGGGUGGAAACAUCAUGCUUUGGGGCUGUUUUUCUGCAAAGGGACCAGGACGACUGAUCCGUGUAAAGGAAAGAAUGAAUGGGGCCAUGUAUCGUGAGAUUUUGAGUGAAAACCUCCUUCCGUCAGCAAGGGCAUUGAAGAUGAAACGUGGCUGGGUCUUUCAGCAUGACAAUGAUCCCAAACACACCGCCCGGGCAACGAAGGAGUGGCAUCGUAUGAAGCAUUUCAAGGUCCUGGAGUGGCCUAGCCAGUCUCCAGAUCUCAACCCCAUAGAAAAUCUUUGGAGGGAGUUGAAAGUCUGUGUUGCCCAGCGACAGCCCCAAAACAUCACUGCUCUAGAGGAGAUCUGCAUGGAGGAAUGGGCCAAAAUACCAGCAACAGUGUGUGACAACCUUGUGAAGACUUACAGAAAACGUUUGACCUGUGUCAUUGCCAACAAAGGGUAUAUAACAAAGUAUUGAGAAACUUUUGUUAUUGACCAAAUACUUAUUUUCCACCAUAAUUUGCAAAUAAAUUCAUUAACAAUCCUACAAUGUGAUUUUCUGGAAAUUUUUUUCUCAAUUUGUCGGUCGUAGUUGACUCGUACAUAUGAUGAAAAUUACAGGCCUCUCUCAUCUUUUUAAGUGGGAGAACUUGCACAAUUGGUGGCUGACUAAAUACUUUUUUUCCCCACUGUAUAUAGAGGGGCUCUCACUCUUUCCACACUGUGGUAAAUAAAGUUUUUUUUUUUUUUUAUUCAGGGAGAGAAACCAAAAGCAUAACCAGCGUUCUAACUCCCCCUUGCGAUAGCAAUGACAGAAUGAGGCAAUUUACCAUAAUCUGCCACCAUCUACCACAAACGUGUCACGGCAUAAGCUCUAAACUUUUAAUUGAGGAACCACUGUAGCAGGAUCUUCAACAUUUAUGGUGUGUAGAUCUUGAUAGUAGUUCACUUUUGAGGUCUGAGGAAAACAUUUGACAAACUGUGAUUUUGGGGGUGAAAUAUCACCUCUACUGCUGGGUUUCGGCUAACCAAAGGUUCUGUUCUUGACUUCACAUGUCUAUACAUUCAGUGUGGACGGGGACAUCAAGCACUGUGUUAUAUUCAAGACCUCCACGGGCUAUGGCUUCGCCGAGCCCUACAACCUGUACAGCUCCCUGAGAGAGCUGGUGCUCCACCAUAGACACACCUCCCUGGUCCAGCACAAUGAUUCGCUGAAUGUAACUCUGGCAUGUCCUGUCCUAACCCAGCAGCAACCCAGAUGA